ACAUUCCCCAAAAUAUAUCAUCCCAUUUAACGCUUUUUGAAAAAUAGAGUUCUUUGUUUCUUGUAUUGAAAAUAGAGCAGUAGAUAAUAUGGAGCAAAAGAUGAAUAGUCCCAUGGUUGAAUCACCAAAGAAAAGACCAUUUCAUGAAGAGUAUGAUGAUGAUGAUAAUAUAGAUGGUUCUUUCUUCUCUUCCUCAUCUGAUUCUGAUCUUUCAAAUGAUAAUUCAUCUUUAGAGUUAUCAGAAUCUGAUUCAUUUGAAGAUGUCACAUCUCCAACUUCAUCUUCUUCACUAAAUGAUAUGUCUUCUCUGUUUCAACAACUUCCAAUCAAAAGGGGACUUUCAAAAUUCUACCAAGGAAAGUCACAAUCUUUUACAUCGUUAAAGAAUGUUCAGAGUUUAGAGGAUCUUGUGAAGCCAGAGAGUCCUUAUAACAAGAAGUUAAAGUCAUGUAAAAGCUAUGGAGGGUUUUAUGAGAAUCAAGAUUCUAUGUGUAUUUUUAAAUCAACUAGUGCUAUGUCAAAUAAGGGGGUGUAUUCAGCAAAUUCAAGGGGUUCAUGUUCUUCAUUGAAUGCAAGAAGGGGUAGUGGAGGUAAUUUUAUGGGUAGUAAGCCACCAGUUCAUCCUCAUGGAUCAUCUGCUAGCAAUAACAAUAUCUCUAAUCAAACUGCUUUGUUGGCUUGAUGGGGAUUAUGUGAUGUUUUUUGUUUAAUCUUUUUGGGUUUUGGAGUUGUGAUUUUCGGAAGUUAUGUAGUGUAAGAUUAAUGUUUAGUUGAUUUUGAUGAAAUGAAAACAACUAUUCAAUUUA